UAACGGAUUGGCCUUCCUGUAGCACGGGGGCGCCGGAUCUAAGAAGAUGUCAGCAAUACAGGCCGCCUGGCCAUCCGGUACAGAAUGUAUUGCCAAGUACAACUUCCAUGGCACUGCUGAGCAGGACCUUCCCUUCUGCAAAGGAGACGUGCUCACCAUCGUGGCCGUCACCAAGGACCCCAACUGGUACAAAGCCAAAAACAAAGUGGGCCGCGAGGGCAUCAUCCCAGCCAACUAUGUUCAGAAGCGUGAGGGCGUGAAGGCAGGCACCAAACUCAGCCUUAUGCCCUGGUUCCAUGGCAAGAUCACACGGGAGCAGGCCGAGCGGCUUCUCUACCCACCAGAGACAGGCCUGUUCCUGGUGCGGGAAAGCACCAACUACCCUGGGGACUACACACUGUGUGUGAGCUGUGAAGGCAAGGUAGAACACUACCGCAUCAUGUACCAUGCAAGCAAGCUGAGCAUUGAUGAGGAAGUGUACUUUGAGAACCUCAUGCAACUGGUGGAGCACUACACCACAGAUGCAGACGGGCUCUGCACUCGCCUCAUCAAACCAAAGGUCAUGGAGGGCACAGUGGCGGCCCAAGAUGAAUUCUACCGCAGUGGCUGGGCACUGAACAUGAAGGAACUAAAGCUGCUACAGACCAUUGGGAAAGGGGAGUUUGGAGAUGUAAUGCUGGGGGAUUACCGAGGCAACAAAGUUGCAGUCAAGUGCAUUAAGAAUGACGCCACUGCUCAGGCCUUCCUGGCUGAAGCUUCUGUCAUGACGCAACUUCGGCACAGCAACCUAGUCCAGCUUCUGGGUGUGAUUGUGGAGGAGAAGGGCGGACUGUACAUCGUCACAGAGUACAUGGCCAAGGGGAGCUUGGUAGACUAUCUUCGAUCACGUGGUCGUUCGGUGCUAGGUGGAGACUGUCUCCUCAAAUUUUCACUAGAUGUCUGCGAGGCCAUGGAAUACCUGGAAGGCAACAAUUUCGUGCACCGGGACUUGGCUGCCCGAAAUGUGCUGGUGUCCGAGGACAAUGUGGCCAAAGUCAGUGACUUUGGCCUCACCAAGGAAGCUUCCAGCACUCAGGACACAGGCAAACUGCCAGUCAAGUGGACAGCUCCUGAAGCCUUGAGAGAGAAGAAAUUUUCCACCAAGUCCGAUGUGUGGAGUUUCGGAAUCCUUCUCUGGGAAAUCUAUUCCUUUGGGCGAGUGCCUUACCCAAGAAUUCCCCUGAAGGACGUCGUCCCUCGGGUGGAAAAGGGCUAUAAGAUGGAUGCCCCGGAUGGCUGCCCGCCCGCAGUCUACGAGGUUAUGAAGAACUGCUGGCACCUGGAUGCUGCCACGCGGCCAACCUUCCUGCAGCUUCGAGAGCAGCUGGAGCACAUCAGAACCCACGAGCUGCACCUGUGACCUCCGCCUCCGCCUUGGCCAUGGGCCUGCAGGGGCAGAUCUGGUGCCCUGCGCCUCACUGGCCUGAACUUGAACUGAGCCCCAGCGGGCUGGUAGGCCUCUUGCCUCUGACCUGCCUGUCCCUUCUGGACCCCCAGGGACCCCACCUAGGCCUGUCAUCUUCUCUCAUGGACUCACCUAGAGGGCUUGGGGCUCCCACCGAAGGGGAUGAGAAGGGAGGAGGCCAAGGAGCGGGAGGCAGCGCCCCCCCAGUGGCCAGCCUUCUCUUGGCCUCCCAUCGGUCGCCUUCUUAGAGUUUUAUUCCUUUCCUUUUUUGAGAUUUUUUUUUCCGUGUGUUUAUUUUUUAUUAUUUUUCAACAUAAGGAGAAAAAAAGUACCCAGCAAAUGGGCAUUUUACAAGAAGUACGAAUCUUAUUUUUCCUGUCCUGCCCCUGGGGGUGGGGAGGAACCAGCCUCUCUCUAGGGACCCAUCACCCCAGCCUGUUCCCCAUCCCGUGUUCCAUGUCCAAUGUUGCCUCGGUCGCCUCUGUUUGCGCUUGACCAUGUUUGCAUGUGCCCGAGGCAGGCGUCUGUCAGGGGCUUGGAUUUCAUGUGCUGUGGCCGUUCACCCACCGCCUUGUGAGCUGGAAUCGUAAUAAACCACUCCAUGAAGACACCGCGCCACCCAGCCUCGGCGCUUCCUCCGCCGAGCCUGCCUGUCUGCCCAGUUGUCUUCCCAUGCCAUCUUGUCCAUCCCCCUGUCUCUGUGAGUGGGGCUGAGAGGGAAGCAUGGCCAGAAGAUGUAGCCGCCUCUUUAUGUCAGCUGCACGAGCCACUGUCCUAUGUCUGCCCAUGGGGAAGUGCUCACCGCCUGUCCAUUGCUGCCAGCUCUCACUGAGCCCAGCACCUGGGCUGCCUUGGCCUCUGGGACAAGUCCACGGAAUGUUGCCUGGGGAUGCUGGCUGCUUCUCCUGCCGUGUUGUCCAGGCCUGAAGCACAAAGAAUUGGAAGUCUAGGCCUGGCCAGAUGGGACAAGGCCCUGGGGAGGGAGCCCAGAUAAACAUGCCUCAGACGAUAGUGACCUCAAGGGUGAUGGGAAGGGAAGCCUCUGGUGGGUCUCAUGUGUCAUCUAACUUGUGACUGCUUUGCUUUGCCCCAUCCCUACUGUGUGCCAAGCACUGUGUCCUGGGCUUUGCAUGGAGCAAGGCACCUUCCGUCUGCCCCACCUGGGAUACACAGAUGGAGGAUGAGGACCAGUCACGGGCUUUUCUCCCCCCAGGUUGCCGAAGGGC